AUGGCUACCGCAACCACAGCCUUGAAACCCUGGACUACGACCCCGCCGAAGAGGUACAGGCUCGUCGAUGCGACUUUGAUAGACCCCAAAGACGGCUCCCUCCACACGCACGUCACCAUCGACCUGCACGCCGGGCAUAUCCACCGCAUGACCAAACUCUCCGCGCAGCCCUCGCCCGGCGAUGAAGUCCUCUCCUGGACGCAGAACCAAGAAAUCGCCAUCAUCAACCUCGACGGGAAAUUCGUCCUGCCAGGCUUAAUCGACUGCCACGUGCACCUCGCCACGCCACCGGGUGAAGAAGGCCUUUCCGCGACGAUGAACCAGGACCCCAACACCUCCUUGCUCCGACAGCCGUAUCUCGCGCACCAGAUGCUCAAGCGCGGGUUCACGUCGAUUCGGGAUUGCGGCGGGGCCGGGUUGGCGGUCAAGGAGGCGCUGGCAGAGGGGCUGUAUCCCGGUCCGAGGGUGUUUACGUCGGGGCAUGGGAUUUCGCAGACGGGCGGGCAUGGGGAUUUGAGGGGCGCCAAGGACGAGGAGUAUGCGUGUUGUGGCGGGAACACGCAUGGGUUGGGGCGGAUUGCGGAUGGGGUGGAGCAGUGUUUGCAUGCGGCGAGGGAGGAGUUGAGGCAGGGGGCGGAUUUUAUCAAGAUCAUGGUCAGCGGCGGUGUUGUCUCGCCGACUGAUAAAUUGACCAAUCUCCAAUACACGCCAGCGGAGAUCCAAGCCUUCACAAAGGUCGCCAGCGAUUCCGGUACGUGGGUAACAGCGCACGCUUACACGCCCGCCGCGAUUCGUAACGCAGUCGAAAACGGCGUCCUAGGAAUCGAACACGGCAAUUUAAUCGACGAGCCCACCGCAAAGCUCAUGGCCGAAAAAGGCGCCUUCCUGACGCCCACACUGGUGACAUACCAAACCAUGGCAUCCAAAGAAUUCGGCAGCUUUCUUCCACCCUCAAUAGCAGCCAAGAACCUGCAAGUCCUCGACGCCGGGCUGAGAAGUAUCCAAAUCGCCGACCAGGCAGGCGUGACCAUGUGCUACGGCACGGAUCUGCUAGGACCUCUCCAGGUCAAGCAGACAGGCGAAUUUGCGCUUCGGAGACAAGCUGGUCUGAGCGCUCUGAAAGUGCUGCAAAGCGCCACCGUCAACGCGGCAAAGAUGCUGCGACAGGAAGACAAACUCGGCAGACUCAAGGAGGGCUUCGUCGCGGAUUUGUUGAUUCUGAACGCAAACCCAUUGGAAGAUAUCGAGGUCUUCGAUCGGCCGGAUAAACAUCUCCUGGCGGUGAUCAAAGAUGGCAAAGUCCUGCACAGUCGGUGGUCGAAACUGCGGCCGGAUAUCGAGGCGCCGGUGUUGAUUGAGUAG